UAGCAUGUGUGACCUCAUCGGGGGCGGGACAAUUUCCCCAGGUGUCUGGGGGGGAGGACAUGUGGGGGGGUAUUUAAAGGGAAAAGCUGACAGUGCUGUUGACUGAGGUAUCGGGUGCUGUGAGUCGCCGGGCUGCACACACACACACACACCAACCGAUGCAUUCGGACCUGGAUGCCGACAUGGACACGGACACAGAAACCACAGCACUCUGCCCCUCUGGCAGCCACCAGACGUCUCCACCAGGGACACCCACACCAGAAGCAAAUGCCACACUACUGAAGAAGUCAGAGAAACUGUUGGCAGGGUUGGACCGGAGUGGGCCACCCUCUGCCCCAGGGGUCCCCAGACGAAGAGGCAGUAUGCCUGUCCCCUACAAGCACCAACUGCGGCGGGCCCAGGCUGUAGAUGAACUUGACUGGCCACCUCAAGCCUCAUCCUCUGGCUCUUCUGACUCCUUGGGCUCAGGGGAGGCAGCCCCCACCCAAAAGGAUGGCAUCUUCAAGGUCAUGCUUGUGGGGGAGAGUGGCGUGGGCAAGAGUACCCUAGCAGGCACUUUCGGCGGUCUCCAGGGAGACAGUGCUCAUGAGCCGGAGAACCCAGAGGACACCUAUGAGAGACGCAUCAUGGUGGAUAAGGAGGAAGUAACUUUAGUUGUUUAUGACAUCUGGGAACAGGGGGAUGCAGGGGGGUGGCUGCGGGACCACUGCCUUCAGAUCGGGGACGCCUUUCUCAUCGUCUUCUCAGUCACUGACCGAAGAAGCUUCUCCAAAGUUCCAGAGACCCUACUUCGACUUCGGGCUGGGAGGCCCCACCACGACCUGCCUGUCAUCCUCGUAGGAAACAAGAGUGACCUGGCCCGUUCCCGGGAGGUCUCAUUGGAGGAGGGCCGCCACCUGGCAGGAACACUGAGUUGCAAGCACAUCGAGACGUCGGCCGCGCUGCAUCACAACACGCAGGAGCUCUUCGAGGGCGCGGUACGCCAGAUUCGACUGCGCCACGCGGGGGGCCAGCGGCCAGAGUGGGGCAGCCCCGAGGGCCCCGCGCCACCCGCGCGCCGCGAAAGCCUCACCAAGAAAGCCAAGCGCUUCCUUGCCAACCUGGUGCCUCGCAACGCCAAGUUCUUCAAGCAGCGCUCUAGGGGGGCGGUCUCUGGAUACCUCACCCCGCCCCCGGGCGCCUAG